AUGAAGGCACUUGUAGUUCUUUCCACUCUUGUGGCCUGCGGCUCAACCCGAGCUGUCGAAUCAAAGGUUUCGUAUGAUGGAUACAAAGUCUUUCGCGUGCCGGUUGUGGACGACGGUUCGCAUAUUCAGAGUGUCAUGGAUACACUCAAAGUCAUUUCUUGGCAGCCUCCCACGCGAAAGGGUGCUUUUGCGGAUAUCCAGGUGGCACCGAGUCAACUAGAGGCUUUCAACAAGGCCAUGCAGGGACACGAAGUCAUCACGAUGCAUGAAAACCUUGGAAACUCGAUUGCGGAAGAAGGGACAUUUCACGCCUAUGCUGCUGGUUCGGCCAACGAUACUUGGUUCAAGUCAUAUCACGGCUACAACGACCAUUUGCAGUGGCUUAAUGACCUCGGCAACAAAUAUUCCAAAAAUGCCAAAGUAGUCACCUCUGGGAACACCUUGCAAGGGAACCCCAUCACGGGACUUCAUAUCUUUGGAAGCUCAGGCGGCGGCAAAAAGCCUGCCGUUGUGUUCCACGGAACCGUUCAUGCCCGAGAGUGGAUUGCUUCCAUGGUUGUUGAGUAUAUGACCAAUGAGCUCAUCACCAAGUACGGCUCAGACAACGAUAUCACAGCUUUUGUUGACAAGUACGACUUUUACAUGUUCCCGAUAGUGAACGUUGAUGGCUUCAAGUACACCCAAUCAGGCGAUCGAAUGUGGCGCAAAAACCGCCAGACGACGUCAGGAAGCAGCUGUCUUGGCCAUGACAUUAACCGAAACUGGCCAUACCAAUGGAAUGGCCCAGGUUCAUCAACUAACCCAUGCGCAGAAGACUUCCGAGGCUCAAGUCAGGGGGAUGCGCCAGAGACAAAGGCACUGUCUGGGUUUCUGCAAAACGUAAAGAACUCUCAGGGACUGAAGCUUUACAUCGAUUAUCAUUCCUAUUCUCAGCUCUUCAUGACACCCUACGGCUACUCUUGCAAUGCGCGUGCCCCGAAUGAUGAUGAACUUCAGUCCCUUGCAAAGGGCGCCGUUGACGCCAUCUACUCAGUCCAUAGCGUGAAGUUCGACUACGGCCCAAUUUGCACAACCAUUUACCAGGCUAGUGGUAGCAGCGUCGACUAUGUUGCUGACGUUGUCAAGGGCGAUUACACAUUCACAUCUGAGUUGCGAGACACUGGCAGGUACGGAUUCGUACUACCACCAGACCAGAUUCUUCCCAGCGGUGAAGAGGCAUUUGCUGGAGUCAAGUACCUUCUUCAGAACAUGAACUAA